AUGUUCCUCUCGGAUGCUGCUCCGGUGCGAGGUCCUCGCUCCUCGAAGGGACCUUUGGGACCUCCCUUGGCGAUUGCCGCGCGAUGCGGAAGAUUGGAGGUGGUCCGGGUGCUCUUGGACUACGGCUGCGACCCUGCGGACAUUGAAGUUCCAAAGCAUAAGCUUCCAGAUGCAGCGAAGAGUUUGCUGGGCUACUUGGUCGUGGGCUCAGUCCCUCGAGAAGAAGCGGUGCUGCAGAAACCGUUGCCCCUGCGAAAGCUGCGCCGGUCCCUGGCGGUGCAGACCUUGUUGCCACUCGCAAGUGGCUUAGGCAUUUCAUAUGUGUCCAUCGUGAUCGUUGCCGAAUCGUUGCCAGCUGUUCUGCCCUUCAGGUGCUUGUACUCGGCUGUGAACAUGCUGCUCCGCUGCCCUGCGAAUCGUUGGAGAGCUUGGUGCAGCUGUGCCGCCAAGAUUCUCUCAAAGUGGUCCGAUGCCAUUUCUCAAGAGCCAACGGAGCCAAGCCACGUUUUGGCCAAUGCAGAAGAGGAGCUGCGUUUGUGCACACCGAAUGAGCUGAUUCGUUUGGAGGUGCCACAAAAGCUCCUGCGUGAAAGGACAUUCCAGAAUGGCAUGCCCAAAGACGUCGCAGCGAUGCUCCUUCAGGUGGUGGAGGAAGAGGAAAAGUUCUCCGUUCACGUCUACCGUGAGAGACAAGAUGUGAGUCUCCGUGUCCUCACCGAGCCCUUUUGCCUUUUGUGUGAAAGUGGCACUAUGCCUCAUGUGCUCGCCCUGGGUGAUUGGCAUUUUCAGGAUGUCCAGCAAGCUUUGGUGAAUGAUUACAAAUUGGCACACUUAGAGCUACCAGUGGCAGAGGUGCUUCCGGCACCUUUGGAGCCGGACGAAGAGGAGCUCUACAUGAAACUCCUCCAAUGUGAAGCCAAGGCUGAGAGCAUUGAAGUGAAGGCUGAAGUCCGCCAGAACUUGGUCAAACUAUGUGAGCAAUGCUGUGUGGCUGUGGUAUCAGCAGAGGACAACGAGAUCGUGGAUGCCAUUGCUCAGUCCGUAGAUGGACUUCUGAUCCAAGAUGCUGCUGUGCCAUUGCUGAAGCAUUUCGGAUGGAGCCAGAGAGACAUGGAGGAGCAAGAAGAUGCCUCCUUCACUUUGUGGGACCCACCAGAUACUGCACCUGUCCUCAACAGCUUCUUCCACUUGACGAUUCAGCCGCCACCGCCAAAUCCACCCGGACCGGGUGAUCCUGUUUGGUCGGUCAUCAUCUCCUUCGAUGCAGAGUUGCCCUUUGAGCUCGUGUGGCAAUCUGUAGAGUUGGAUGUGAAGAACGCCUUCACAAGUGUCUCCAACAAAUGGUCAGAGAUUGGUUGGCCUGGCGGUGAGCAAGAGAUGCUGGAAGCUGUCCACAAGGCUGUUGCAGCCAACGGAGAAGCUGCUGUAGCCAGAGGGCUAGCACAUAGUUCAGCCACGCGGAUUGCAGAUCGACUAAUGUCCGCUGUGCAAUGCAGAGUGGUUGCAGAGCCAGAGAUGGCGUCACAAGCACAAGGCGUGGAGCUGAGUCUUCGCGGAUUACUCGGAGAUUCAGUUGGGGGCCCCAAGGGCGGCCCCAAACCAGUGAAAGUCAAGCGGGAAUGGACAAGGCAUACAGCCUGGGUGGCAGCAGUUCCAGCACAUCGUCACCAACAGUCAGUCUUUUGCGAGGAAAAGACGCGCGAGUGGAUGGGUGCUCCUGGGUCUCCAGCUCUUGGACGACGGUGGGACUUCCAGAGCUUAGCAGUAGCAGCAAGUCCCUCGACCCUGGCCUUGGCGAGGGUCACGGUGAACCGUGGCUGGGCUUCAGAGAAGUUCCGCUUCUUUGGCGACACCUGGCUCUACGGCGUUGGGGACGACUUGGAGAGCUGGGGCGUGGAUGGUGCGAGGCAAAAGAUUUGGCAUGGUGGAGAGGCUGGGACAUUUCCAUCGUCCUGGUCAAAGGAGGUCGUGGUGGGUUGUGCUGCAGACCUUCCUUCGGGGACUCUGCAAUUCAGCACCAACGGGGUUUGGGCUCCUCCAACCUUCACCGGAGUUCAAUGCGCAUCUCUCUAUCCUGCCGUCUCUGGGCAAAUGAGUGCAUCCUUCAAGAUCCGGCCAGAGGAAUGGCAGUAUGGGCCACCAGAUAGCUCCUACAAAUCGCCUGCAGCUUGUGCACAAUGCCCUCAACCUUUGUCAUCGCCUAUACGCUUCCCCGAUGACUGGGUUCUGGCAAAAGGUUUGCAGCAUUUGGCAGAGCGACAGAAGGUCGAUCUGCUGACAACGCUCCAAUUGCAAUGCACCGCUGUAUUGUCUGAGCUUCAGCACGAAAGGCCUAUCAAGGCAUGUUUCCUGCCUGGCCAAGCACAGAACCAGGAUGCAUCGGAUGAGCUCUUCGGCUUUGUCCUUGAUGCGGACGGCCAACCGCGAGCCAGCGAGGAGUGGGUGGCGGAGACGCUAGACACCCUGGGGCUCACUGUCAGCACAGCAGCUGGAGCAGCUUUGCGAUUGCUUUGGCAAGCUGAAGCUGAUGUUCAGUCAACCCGACUGUCAGCAAAGCUCCAGGACCUUUGUUCCCAUCAGGUCACUUUGGUCAGCGACUCGAUGCCCUCCUGGGUGCUACGGCUGGGUACAAUGAUGCCUCAGCUUUUUGAUAGACACUGUCGCGAAGUGCUCCUACGGUCUUCGGCCUUUGGAUUGCCUUUCGCAGUUCAUGACCGUCAGAUACGCGAGGUGAAUCGGCGCUACAGUGAGGUCAUGAAGGCCGCGGAAGGCCGUGUGGCUCAAGCAAAGAAUCUUGGAGACCAGAGAGCACUGUCUCAGGCAUACGAGCAUUUGUUCGAGCUUACAAAGCAGAUUUCGCAAGACCCAGAGGUAUGGAUUGGCUCGUUGACCUCAGAGUUGGCGAAAGUGGACAGGGAACGUAUUUGGGACCAAGCUGCAGCACUAGCGGAAUGCUGCCUGUCGUCUUCCGGCGUGGUUGAGAUCCAGUUCAAGGAUGAGACCGGAUUCGGACGUGGCGUCACACAAGGUUUCUUCAGCGAUGUUGCCAAAGAGCUACAGCGAUCUUCAAACAACAGUGAAGUGCCGAUGUGGGCGCAGUGCCUGGAAUCAGAGGGCGAGUUCUUGCGUAGUCGUCGCGGUCUCAUCGUGCAGCCCUUGGCCGCAGAUGACCCAAGACUUCCCGAAGUCUUGGCGCGCUUUCGCGCCCUCGGUCGGCUUUUAGCCUUGGCGCUACGUGAAUCCUUUGUAGUGCCACUUCCUUUGGGAGCAACAGUGCUUCGUCAACUUCGAGGCGAAAAGGUAGGUUCUGAGCACCUGCCGCAGCCGGGUGAUGGAUUGGCUGGGGAGUUUGUGGGCGCUUGUGCUGCAUUUGCAGCUGACCUCAAAGGUUUGAGCCAAGAAGAGAGGCCAAGUGGGGCUGAGAUGAAGGAGCGUUUAGUGGAAGGACCUGUGGGAUGGGGAUCCUUGGAAGGCAUGUUUUCUCAGAUCCACUUGACAUACCUCGGGUUGAAUCACUAG